AUCAAGACAAUAAUCAUUUGAUUGAUCAGUGACCCUGAUGUUUGGCCUGUCACCAUCUGUAUAUAUAAAUAUUUGUUGUGGUGCAGGAAUCUUUGAAGCAGUGAGAGGUAAAGCCAAAAAAAACAAACAUUUUCCAGUGCAGUGCGUGUAAAGUCAUAUGUGUCCUGCAGGUGGUGCUGUGGUCUGUAGAUGCACAGGGGCACUGGAGAGGGGGGUCUGCAUUUGUUUCUCAUCAGCUGGGCAUUUCAGCUCAAACCCAGCUGGCUUUCUGCUUCAGACUGAAGCAUCGACACAAAGGAGACGCUGCUGCUUCAUCUGUUCACAUUCAUUCAUGCAUCAGUGUGUUGUCUGAAUCCUCUGAGGGGUGGACAUGUCUCAGCUGUGUCUCUCUAGGAUCUUUAUUCAUCUGCUCACAGCCGCAUUGCUGCUGUCAUCGUGCUGCAUUCAGGGUCUUCAUGUGGACAUGCGUCCCAGGCAGCCCCUGUUCAGGCUGGGGGAGCGUCAGCUGCUGAUCUGCACGGUUCAUGACUGUCCCGUGAGGCCGAGCAUCUCUUGGUCUUUAUUGGAGGACCGGCCUCUGACUGCCAAAGUCAACACAAACAGGACCCAGUCUGUGGUGAUCUUUGACCCCGUAAUGGUGGAGCACGAAGUAACUCUGCUGUGUAAAGUCAGCUGUCGAGGCGAGAACAGGCAGAUCAAAACCUCUGUGCAUGUGUACUCCUUCCCAUCAGCCCCCGUGAUCACAGGUCAGGACCACCUGAGACUGGGGGAGGAGUCCACCCUGACCUGCCAGGUGUCUGAUCUCAUUAUGGGAGAGCAUGGACACAGCUCAGUCUGGUCUGAAUACAGGUUCACUCCUCUGGCCCAGGACUCAGGAGGAAACAUCAGCUGCAGAACCACUCUGGGCCUGCAGGACCUGCCAGCUGAGGACAGGACCAAAGAGACCACCGUUCGACUAAACCUGCUCUAUGCUCCUGUGGUCACAUCGAUCUCAGACUCUGUUUCGGUCCUGGUUGGCUCUCCGCUCAUUCUCACCUGUUCAGUGGAGGGAAACCCCGAGCCCACCAUCAGCUGGAACUUCAAGGCAGCAGAUGGUCUGUCUGUGCAGCGAGGUCUUGGACACCAGCUUGUCUUCACGGCUGUGAGUCUGUCUGAGGCUGGACCAUAUGAGUGCGAGGCCCGAAACACAGAAGGAAACCAGACCGCUGUUGUGGACAUCACAGUUUACGGUCCGCCCAGUAACACCUCCCUCUCAGUGAGUCCAGGUGAGGAGGUGUUGGAGGGUCAGCAGGUGACAUUUAUCUGCCACUCAGAUGGAGCUUCACCCACCAGGCUGGUGCUGAGGAGGGAGGGGAUGGAGCUUCAGAGGACUGACCCCAUCUCAUCCACCUCCUCCUCCUCCUCACUGUCCUUCAGCCUCUCCCCUGCCCAGCUGGAAGACUCUGCCCAGUAUCAGUGUGAAGCCUCCAACCAGUAUGGAUCCCAGCUGGUGACCAGCUCCGUCAUUGUCAGAGCUCACCCUCUGCAGGUGGAGGUGAGUCCUCAGGUCUCAGCAGCAGCAGGUUCAGGUCUGAUCCUGACCUGCACAGCCUCUGGGUGUCUCCACCCUCCCACCCUCACCUGGACCAGGAAGGACCAGAACAUCCUCCGGAGGACGCAGCAGCAGGAUGGACGGUCCCUACUGCACCUGCAGGACCUGGGCCUCCAGGAUCAGGGGAGGUACAGCUGUGAGGCUGAGUGUGACUCCGUUGUCAGGACCAGAAACACCCAGGUCCACGUCUACUCGUUUCCAUCUGAUCCGGUUCUGGAAGAUCCUGGCCCAAUCCUGCUGGGUCAGGUGGCGGUCCUUCGCUGUUUUGUCACCAAUGUCUUUUCGGCCAAUCAGCUGAGGAUUGAGUGGCUGUUGGGCAACACGACUAUAGCGUCAGAGGUCUUUGGGUUCUCCAGUUCUUUACAAAACAUCUCGUCUGAUCUUCAGCACCAGGUCCAGGAGGACCAGCAGGUUCUUACCUGCAGAGGCCAGCUGCUGACAGAGGACGGAGACGUGUGGAUGUCCAAGAGGGCCAGCGUCGCUCUGCUGGUCCACUACCCUCCAAGGAGAACUACCCUCUCAGUGAGUCCAGGUGAGGAGGUGGUGGAGGGUCAGCAGGUGACAUUCAUCUGCUGUUCAGAGGGAGCUCCACCCACCACACUAGUGCUGAGGAGGGAGGGGAUGGAGCUUCAGAAGACUGAUCCUGCCUCCCCCUCUCUCUCCUUCAGCCUCUCCUCUACCCAGCUGGAAGACUCUGGCCAGUACCAGUGUGAAGCUUCCAACCAGUACGGAUCCCAGCUAGUGACCAGCUCCAUCAUUGUCAGAGCUCCUCCGAGGAACACCACAGUGAUCGUCCUGCCCUCCUCAGUGGUCCACGUGGGACAAAAUGUCACCGUAUGCUGCCAAACCAUCAGCUUCCCGCCAUCGGCCAUGAUUCUGAAGAAACUGACCAAUGGCACAGAGCUUUAUUCCCCCAAUGGCACCUUCCUAUUGGUCAACGUCACGGCCAGAGACUCUGGGCUGUACCAAGUCAAUGUGACCAAUGACCUUGGAUACCAGGUCAAAGUCUUCAGUAUCAGUGUCAGAGAGAGAAGCACCACACCUCCUCCCGGUCUCAGCGGCAUCAUCAUCCCAGCCAUCUGCAUCGCUGCUGGGCUAGCAACUGCUGCUCUGCUCCUCGACUACCUGAGGAGAUCCAGGAAGAAAGGCUUUUACCAGCUGCCCCAAUCUGCUCCACCCUCAGCCUGAGGUUCACACUGGGCUGCCGAGUUCAUCGUGUGGCUAACAAGUUUUAAACACGUCUACCAUGUCCCUACAGUGUGGCUGCUGUCUCCCAGAAUGCGCCUACUGACUUCCAUCAUGUGGCUCCACUAUCCCUACAUGUGGCUACCAGAUCCCAACACGUCACCAGCAUCUAAAAGCGUGUAGCUUACAUUCCUCAGAUGCGGCUACUAGGUCUCAGCAUGGCUAACCUGUCCUAACAUUUGGCUCUGAUACGUGGCCAUAGCUUCUAGUAACCCAGUGUGUGGCAGCCCCUCCCAGUGCGCGGCUACCACACGCCUACAUUAUGCUACCAGUUCCCAGAAUAUGACCACAAUCUGCCAACAGGUGACUGCCAAGUUUAAACAUUUUAACACUUUGCUACUCCAUCCCGUCAUGUGACCUCCACCUUCUCUGUGGCUACUAAGAACCAAGCUGUGACUGUCAUCUGCCAAAGAUGCAGCCAACAAUGCCCAAACAUGUGGAAACCACUUUCCAAAAUGUGACUUUUACAAUCCAUUUGACUGAUUCAUCCCAAUAUGUGGAAAUCACCUGACAACCUGCAGCUCCCACACCCUAGUAUGUGGACACCGCAUCACAACAUGUGGCAACAUGUGGCUGGUAUCUGCCAGGUUCCAGUAUGUGGCUAUCAUCUGGUAUGUGAUUACCACCUGCCAGGAUCCCCAGCUGUGAAUACUACCUGCCAACAGGUGCCACUGUUUCAGCGUGUGACUUUAAUACCUCAACAUGUGACUCAAAAAGGUACAUCUUGUGUGUCUUAAAGAUCGCUCCUAUGUCCAUGGUCAACCCGGAAGUCCUCUGGUCGACCGAGGAUGUAGGAUGUUCCAAGCCUCCUGUAUCCUACCAUGUCCUCAGUCUGUGGCUGCGUCUCCUAGCAUGGGACUACUACAUGACUACUGCCUCUUAGAUAUGUGAUUACAUAUCCAAAUGAUAUGUAUAACAUUGUUUGAUACAACAAGUGAAUGUGUGACUAGUGUUCUGGUACAGCCCUACCACAUGCCAACUUGUUUUUAUAACAUUCCCAUGCUUGGCUACAAGCUUCCAUCAUGUGACAACCAAGUGGGACCAUGAGGCUACCAGUCCUGUGCAUGUGUGUACCACAGCCCAGCCAGGUGAGCACUGCUGGACACUAGCCUCUGGUAAAUGUUUCAUAUUAAGCCACAGUGUGCUGUCAGCUUUCGGUCGCUUUGCAGCACAUUGAAAGGUAUCUUUGUUUUCAGUGAACCGUCCCUUUACCUGCUUGGCCUGAAAAACCGCUUCAGCUCUUUAUGUUUAACCCGUGACCCGUUGUCUCACUGAUGGAAAGAGACAAAAGCAGAAGGUUUCUUUAUGUGGGAGCCCCUCGGUCUGCUACUGCUGCAGCUUCAGGGGUCACCACGUUGCUCUACAGUGUUUGUGCUGGAGGUGACGUGAGUUGAACGCAGAUAUGUGUACAGUUCCUCACGCUGUGCUUUUAUUAAAGAUUUUUAUUUCUUCACUCCUGUCCCAGAGCUUGUUGGAGCAUGAUUUGAUUUCCUGUGAUUCAGCGGGUGAUCGGCUUUCCCUUUCACUUCUGUCAGACUCAGUUUACUGGAAGUCUCACUGUGACUAUGGAGACCCCAUGCUGCUGCUCAGACCAUCAGGUCUGAGGACACUUUAAAACACAGGCUCUGCUUGUUUCUCUGGGUUUUUACUGACAGAUUUAGCUCUGAGAGAAUCGUCCUCAUUUGUCAAAGCUGCUGGAACAUUCACAUGUCAGUACAAAUGUACAAAGGUUUUUCUGCACACAUUAAAUCUGAGCUGUGUUUAAAGCUUCCUAUUCUCUGGGGGCCAAGGGGUUAAAAUGGCUGUCUCUCUCUUCUGGCUGUAAAAAGGCCUAAACAGCCCCGAACGAAUUAAACAAAACAUAGUUUUUAUAGUUGGAAGAACACACAGUCGCUAUACAAGUAUAAGACCAUUUACCAUUUACAGUCCCUGUGUGGGGGGCUGGAUUAUGGGGGCGGCUGUGGCU